AUGCACUACGAAGCAUCUUUGCCCAAUGAUUUCAGCAUCUCACCCGACUGCGCUCUGCUGUUUGCUGGAACUUUUGCUGAGACUGUGACGACUCAAAGUCCUCGAGUCACCCAUUUCUUUAACGGCCGUAUCGACAGCCCUUCAAUCACGACGGUGGGACCCGAAGGCGGUGUGAUCGUUCACUAUGACUUUGCCCGCAAUAUCUCGGAAGACUCAAUAAUCGACACGUCUGGGGGAGGUCAUCAUGGACGGCUCAUCAAUGCUCCAACGAGAGGAGUUCGAGGAUACAAUUGGGAUGCUUCUGAGAUUGACUGGACCAAAGCCAAAUACGGCUAUGGUGCCAUCCAUUUCCACGAAGAUGAUCUGGACGAUGCCAAAUGGGAGACGGAUUUUACGGUAACACUGCCCUCAGAUAUCCGUUCCGGCAUAUACGCCGUUGAAGUCCAGUCAACCAAUGGCAAGACUUCAGACAUGAUCACUUUCAUAGUCCGCCCGACGGCAACAGCAUCCUUACAUGACCCUGGGAAACCUAAGGUGGGCUUAGUUCUGUCGACAUUUACCUACCUUGCGUACGCCAAUGACAAACUAUCUGAUCCCGAGCGGCCCUCUUCCAGUGCGACCGGAGCGGCGUUGUGCGAAGUCACUCUCUAUCCGUCCGAAGACAUGAGCAGACAACUCAGACGACGUGAUAUCGGAUUGUCUACCUACGACACGCAUAACGAUCUAUCUGGAACCGUCUUCUCCACUGCAAAGCGCCCCAUCACGAAUUUCAGGCCGGGAUUCAUUUCUUAUGGUUUGGCGCGUCCUCGUCAUAUCAGCACCGAGUCAAUGAUGAUAGGAUACCUGGAGCGGGAAAACAUCCCCUACGGGACCAUCACCGACCAUAACCUCCACAAAUAUGGCGCGUCGGCUCUCGCGCCCUACAACACCGUCAUAACCGGCGGGCAUCCGGAGUAUCUGAGUUUCGAGAUUUACGACGCCUACGAAAAUUACGCGAAACAAGGCGGCAAUUUGAUGUAUCUCGGCGGGAAAGGGAGGAGCGGUUUUCUCAGUGGGGAGCAUCAACUGGUAUCCGUCCUUGGGAUGGAACGACUACCAAAACAAUGUGGCCAGGCUGACCGGCAAUGUCAUCAAGGAGUUCUUGAGAAGAGAAGUAUCACGGUCCAUGGCCAUGUGCUAGGUGACCCGCGCGAGGCUGACGCCUACUUCUACCACGUUCACGGCCUUUACCACUAG